AUUUUCAAUCUCAGGUGAUGAAUGUUUCUCCAUACUAUUUUCCCACGUGAAGAAAUUGCAAUUUUCAUCCUAAUGCACACAAAGAACAGGAUCAAUUUUCUAUAAACAAUCACUACAGAAACAAAGAAUUUAAACCGUAGUUCGUCCUCCUGUAUAAUUUCAUUUCUAAAAAUCGCAAAUUAACAGUUACUGGUCAUAGGGAGCACCCACGGAACUUCCUCCUAGCAUUCUUUCCAUGUUUAACAACUCUCAAAACAGAUUUCAAGUUGUGGUGGCAAUUGAUUGUUGAAUCUACAGCUCUGCUACUUGUUACCGAAGAGGACCCAUAACCAUCGGACUUCAUUUUUUCUACAUCCACCACAGAUCGUAAUAUAAUUUCAGAAGCCAAUAAGUUAUAAUACAGGAGGGAGAAGAUGACAAGAGCGGAAGAUAGAGGAAGAUCGAGGAAGAUAGCAAGAGCGGGCAGGGAAGAAGUCAGAAAUACGGGAGGGAGAAGAUGACUUCCAUGGAGGGGAGGGACAUCCUUUAGGUAAGGAAUCAACUUAAAAACCCCUCUUAUUAAGAUUACCGAUAAUUAUAAACAAUAAACGUACUACACCCGGUUACUCUCAAGUUGGGAUCGAUCAAGGAAUAUGGUAGGUAAAGGUGGGAUUUUUAAUGGAUUUUGGAUAAGAUGGACCGUUAAUUGAAGACCGGGUAAAAGUUAGAUUAUUCUUUUCCAUUUUCCCUUUUUUAAUUUAUGAUAUAAUGGUAGUGUUAUUUUGUAAGAAUGAAAAGAUUUGACAUUUUGUUGUGAUAUUAUUGAAUUUAUUAUUUAAAAGCAUUCAUGGAUACAAACUGAUGCUAACAAUGGGACAAUGAACAUAUGGAAAACCUUUGCAGAUAUAUCAUGAAUGUUUGUUGUUCAUAGGCGCAGGUCUUGUAGUCGAAUAAUCUAACACUAGCUCAAAAAUUGCUGCUACCUUUACUGAUGCCCCUAUAAUGUUUCAUCAAACUCCUGAAAAAUAUAGACAUAUUCAAUCUUUUCCUUGAGCUAAUCUGACCCUAAAUUUGACCUUACUCAAUCUGGAGUUGAUGAUACAAAUGAUUUGGUUAAGGAAGUGGACCCCAGAACCACUCUAUCUGAUGGGGAACCACCAAAAAAACCAAAAAUAAGUUGUCCCCUAGCCCCUCUGUCCACUCAAAACCGAACAAUGACCAACAUAGGGAGCCCUAUGCUCUCAGGCCCAAAAAAUCUGCCCUUCCCUAUGGUCUUAAUGAUUACUUGCCUUUUCUGGAAUGUGUGUGGGAUUGGAAAUACUCAAUCUUCUGAUCAUUUAAACCUUUUGUGUAAAAAUAAUAAUGUCAAUUUCCUUGCUCUUAUUGAACCUAAAAUAAAUGCUAGCAAAUUAAACAAUAAAAUGAUGAGUUUUGGUUUUACUAAUGCUAUCUCCCACUCUUUCAACAAAAUUUGGAUUAUGUGGAACAAUUCGCUUAUUGUAACUGUGAUCUCUGAUCUAAGCCAAUGUGUUAACCUCUCUGUUAUGACUCUCCUAGUGAUGGGUAUGGCAUGUGGAAAUUCUCUUAUAAGCUUAAGCAUUUGAAAUCUCUGCUUCGCGAAUGGAAUCAAAAAACUUUUGGCAAUAUUUUUAAUAAACUUUCUGAAGCUAAAUCUGAAAUUACUAUUCUGGAAGAUGAACUUUCUGAUUCCCUCUCUGAUGAAGACCACCUUGCCCUAAAAGAAGAUACAUCCAAUACUCUGCCUAUAUAAACACUUUUUAUAGACAGAAGGUUAAAACAAAGUGGCUAAAGGAUGAGAUGCAAAUGCAAAGUUUUUUCAUCUCUCCUUAAAAGCCAAACAUCAAAAGAUGCAAAUUUCUAGAAUAAAGAAUGAUGAUGGCAACUGGUAUGACAAUAUUGAUGAUAUUAGUGAUGCGGCUGUCAUCUUUUUUCAUAACCUGCUCACUGCUAAUGCUUCUGAUAAUGCUUUGCUCCUAGGUCCCAUGACCAACAAAGAGCUUAAAGAGUGUGUUUUCAGCCUGAACAAAUCCAGCGCACCAGGUAGUGAUGGUGAUGGGUUUUUCUAUCAGGUUGCCUAUGAUAUUAUUGAGCAGGAUUUGCUCUUAUACCCAAAAUAUGUGGUGUCCCUAUACCCAAAAUUAUAGGACACACUCUUAUUGCUCUUAUUCCCAAAGAGGCUAAUGUGUAUCAAUUCUCUAAAUUUAGACCAAUUAGCCUAAGCAACUUUCUAAAUAAUUUUUUUUUACCAAAAUCCUUGCUAUCUGUAUUACUACUUUACUCCCCAAAAUCAUUUGACCUGAGCAAACUGCUUUUCAAAAGGGAAAAGAGAACUAGGAUAGUAUUUUGAUGCUUAGAGAAAUGGUCAAUCACAUUAAUAAAAAGAUCCGGGGCUACAACACCAUUUUCAAAUUUGAUAUGAUGAAAGCUUUUGACAUAAUCUCUCGGUCCUUCACAAAACAUGUCCUUAUUAAAUUUUGUUUUCACUAUCAAUUUGUCAAUCUUAUUCUUAACAACCUCCUGGCUACCUGGUUUUCCAUCCUUAUCAAUGGAGCCCCUAUCCCCCAUUUUGUUCUUUACCGUUGCUGAGAUUCUCACCAGAAAUCUCAAUAAGCACUACUCCUCUGGGAAGGGCACACCCUACUACACCAGUAAAAAUAUGCCUUGUGUGGGCCUGUCAAUGGGUCUGCUCUAGACCCGGACCCGAUCCGAGUCCGACACUAUAUUUGAGGGUAUGAGUCUAAAUUUAUAACCGUUUCCUGGAUCCGGAUCCGAACCCGUUACAUGAGAGAGGAAAAUGGGUCGAAUAUGGAUGUUUAAGCUCUGACCCGUUUUGGACUUGACCCGUGGCGAUAUAAUUGUAGUUAUAAUUUUAUUUAUACAGACACACAAUAUACAUAACAAUAUUCAAACAUAAACUAAGGAAACAAUCAAAUAUAAAAAUGUCUUAAAAAUUGUAGGCUUAGUUAGCAGUUGGACCACCAUAAUGGGGUUUUCCCCAAUGAGUUUUUUGUUUUAGGUCCUCUUGAUAUCAAGCCCUUUCUUGUUUCAGAAUUUUGUUUCUAAUAAGUUUGAGGAUGCAUAGAAUAAUGGAAAAAACAACAUUUUGCAUAUUUACAUAUGAUCUCUUCCAAUGUGAACAAAAAUUUUGUUGUGUACUAUAUUUGUUUUCAUAUGUCAAUUAGUUUUAUUUGCGGGUAUACCCGGCCCGGAUCCGAGACCCGAGGGACCCAAAUCUGGAACAUAUAUUUAGGACCCAUUGGGUAAAUGGGUCUGGAUCUGGACAAAAAAUUACUCAGGGGAUAUGGAUAUGGAAUUUAAAGUUUCGACCCGUAUCUGACCUGUUGACCGGUCUAGCCUUGUGUUAGCCAUCUUACUUUUGCUGAUGAUUUGAUUGUUUUUACUAAUGCUAGCAAAAAUACUCUUAUAUAUCUGCAAAAGCUAUUAGUGAUUAUGAGCUUUUCUGUGGUCAACUCAUUAACAAGGAUAUAAUAGCUUCUACCUUAUUUCUAAACAUGCUAAAUUUCACAAUUGUAAUGUUAACAUUAACAAGGGUUCCCUACCUUUUACAUAUUUUUUAGGUGUUAACAUACAAACUGGUCGAAUGCUUAAUAUGCACUUUGAUCCUAUAUUGGCUAAGUUUGACAAUAAGCUUGCAGGGUGGGGGCAUAGACUUCUCUCGACCGGCCGGGGGGACAGAAUGAUCUUAAUUAACCAUGUUAUUACUCUCUGCUUUUGUACAAUAUGGCUGUAAGGGGCUUUGGGCUGCCUGGGUUAAUAAUGGACGCAAUUCUUGGUGUGAUUUAGGCCCUCUCUACCACUUUCAGAAUGAUAUCCCUAGCGUUAUCCUUCAUGCUACUGUUUCUGAGGCUAUUACUAAUGGGAAACUCAUCCAUUUUUGUCUGCCCAGAUACAUUAUGAUAUGAUUCAUGAUAUGGAUAUUCAAUUCAAUGAAGCCACAAAUAAC